AUGGCACCCAAGCAAAAGAUCAUCAUCGACACCGACCCAGGUGUCGAUGAUAUCCUGGCCAUGCUCCUAGCAUUCUCAGCUACGCCCGAAGAGAUUGAAGUUCUCCUAAUCUCUUUGACGUUUGGCAACAUCGACGUACAGAACUGCCUAAGAAAUGCAGUUUCGCUGUUUCAUCACAUGGAAAGAGAGAUUGAAUGGAGAAGCAAGAACGGCAAAGAGUUAGGUUUCCAGACUUUGAGAGCUUCGAAGCCUCUUGUUGCCGUUGGUGCCGAAGAGCCUCUGACAGAGCAGCUUAUGAUGGCCGAUUUCUUCCCUCAAACGGCUGACUUGACUGAAGNNCACCCUCAUCUGACCCCUCAGGAGACAUGGAAAAUGCUCUUCGAGGCCGCUGGAGGAGCACCUCUGUCACCGGGUGCGACCAGGACUUCUCAGCAAGUCCGCGAGGCUUCCAUGUUCAAACCUUCCCAGCGUCGUUCUCACGAAGAGAUCCUGCGUCUGUUGAAAGAGAAUGAGCCAGACACUAUCACCAUUGUCGCAAUCGGACCUCUGACCAACCUAGCCAUCGCUGCGGCUCAAGAUCCUGAGACGUUCUUACGCGUGAAGGAAGUGGUCGUCAUGGGAAACACCAUCAACGAGCCAGGCAAUGUACGAAAGCUCCCUCCCCUAUCCACUCAUCCGNUGACCCCGGUGGCCGAGUUUAACACAUACGCCGAUAGCAUUGCCACGGCCCGUGUGUAUGCACUUACUUCGCCUACCCCAAACACGACUAUUCCUCCUUCGCCUCCUGCUCCGCCUGGUUCGCAGUCACUGCCUCACUUGGCACCUUAUCCGGCAAAGCUGUCGAGACAGCUCAAGCUUACCGUGUUCCCUCUCGAUAUCACAACACCUCAUAAGAUCACGAGGGGCCAGGUCAAACAGACGAUUCAGCCUUUGAUUGAGGCUGGGUCGCCCUUGGCAGAGUGGACCGCAGCGUUCCUGAACUCGACAUUUGAUAAGGUUGAAUCGUUGAUGAAAGGCAUCAGUGGUGACUCUGUUGGCCUUGAACUGCACGAUCCGCUGUGUAUCUGGUACGCGCUCACCCACGACGAUGCAGGUUGGAAGAUCAAGAAGGACGAGGAUAUCAGAAUCGAAACGACUGGUCAGUGGACUCGUGGUAUGACGGUUGUGGAUAGACGAGGCAGAAAACAGCGAGCCCCAGACGACGGCGAGGGUGAGAUACCUGGCGAUGCAGGCAACUGGCUCAGCCCCAAUGCAGGCAAUCGAGUUGGAAGAUGCGUACAGUCGCCCGGUGUCGACCUCUUCGCGCCGUACCUGUUACGAAGAAUCUUUCGCGCAUGA